AUGUGCGACAACGGGUCCGUGAAGAAAAAUAACGUAAAAGAUCCGAAUUUCGGGACCAAGCUCGUACACGCCGGACACAAUCCAGCGGAGUGGACUUACAACGAUGUCGUUCCACCGAUUGCAAUGAGCACGAUAUUCAAUUCGAGAUCGCCAGGAGUAAUCGAAGGUUUCGAGUACACGAGAUGUGGCAAUCCAAUCCGUUCGGUGUUGGAAAAAUGUCUGAUGGCGCUGGACCACGCCGAGUACGCGCUGGCCUACAGCUCCGGAAUGGCGGCCAUUUCGGCCAUGGUCAACCUGUUGGCGCCCGGCGACCACAUGUUGUGCAGCUCCGACGUGUACGGCGGCACGUACCGGCUACUGAACAAGAUGGCCAAGCACGCGGGCAUCUUGUUCGACUUUGUCGACUUUUCCGACACGGCGACCAUCGUCAAAAGUAUAAGACCCAACACGAAGCUCGUUUGGUUUGAGAGUCUGUCGAAUCCUUUAAUGAUCGUGUUGGACGUACAAGAAGUGUCUGAAGUCGUUCACAGGACUCGAGCAGACAUUAUAGUUGCCGUUGAUAAUUCAUUCGUGACUCCCUAUUUUCAGAGACCGUUGGAUCUUGGAGUAGAUGUAAUAAUGUAUUCGUUGAGUAAAUAUAUGAACGGACAUUCGGAUAUAAUUAUGGGGGCACUAGUUACCAACAACAAGGAUUUAUAUGAUAAAUUAUACGUUUUUCAAUACACGUCCGGAAACGUACCGUCGUCGUUCGACUGUUACAUGGUCAACCGCGGGCUGAAGACGCUGCACGUGCGCAUGGAACAGCACAUGAAAAACGCCACUGCAGUGGCCGAGUACUUGGAAUCGCACCCCAAAGUGCUCAGAGUGAACUACAUGGGCCUGCCCAGUCAUCAGCAACGGGAAAUCAUCGAAAAACAGUUUACCGGCCACAACGGCAUAGUGUCGUUCUACGUCAACGGCGGCAUCGAAGUGAGCACAAAGCUGUUGGAAUCGCUCAAGCUGUUCUGCAUCACGUGCAGCCUGGGCUGCUACGAAAGCUUGGCCGCUCUACCUUGUAAAAUGACCCACGCUUCGCUCACGGACGAAGAAAGACAAUCUACGGGCAUUCACGAUAAUCUCAUACGUUUGUCCAUUGGUUUGGAAUACUACCAGGACUUGAUCGACGACUUGGAACAAGCGAUUCAAGCGAGCGGAGCCGAAGAUAAAUGUUAA